UCGUGGCAGGUCCUGGCCGCGUGCUUUCCUCCGCUUUCGGCUGCCUUCAGUCGCUUUCAGUGGCGUUCUGGUCGCGUUGGUCUAUGGACCGCCAAUUGCCCAAAAUCUAAUUUUUGUGAAUGAAAUUCGCGAGCAAACUCAGAGUGAAUGAAUGAACACGGUGUCGUUCAAAAACGCGGAGUGAUGAAAUUAAAAAUAAAGUGAAAUUAAAUAAAGUUACUGAAGCAGAAGAAUUUUUAAAUGUGAAAUUCAAUUUGGACCGCAACGUCAGUGCAAGAACCACAACAGCCGCUCAGGCGACAGCAAAAAAUAAGAAAUAAAAAAUAAAGCCCCCGGAAAAUUUGAGUAGGGCGAAGGACAUCAUUUCGGGGCAACGGGACGAAAAAUUCUGGCAUCGAUACAGACAGGAAGAACUGCAUCCGACGCUUGACAGCCUGGCGGCGUGUCCUGGCCAAGGACAUGAAAAUGCGCUUCAUUAAUUUGGCUGGCAGCCGCGGACUGUCUGAGGGAAAUCAUCAGCAGCAGAAGCAGCAGCAGCAGCAGGCGGAACAGGAUCAGGAUCUGCCGGCGAAAUUGGAACAGGAACUGAAAGUGGCAACGGGAUUCGCGUCAGCUGCAGCGACACAGCACUGAGUUGCAAUGGUGGAGGACAAUGGGUCGCCGGAAGUGGAAGGAGCGGAAGGAGCCAUCGCGCCCCUUUUGGCGCUACUCCGGAUGGAUGGCCUCAAUCAGACGCAGAUGCAGACACCGUCGACAUUGCCUUCGCAGCCAUUCUUCGGCAGCUACAACAUCUCCGAGGACGUCUACUUCUACUUCAAUGGCUUGCCCACGAGCACGGAGCUCGUCCUGAAUGCCACGGCCACCAUCGGCACCUCCACGCUGAGUCCUCUGGCCGCGGUGACGAGUGGCAGCGGAGGUGGAGGCACCACCACGCCGGAACCCGAUCUCUCCGAGUUUCUGGAGGCCCUGCCCAACGACCGAGUGGGUCUGCUGGCCUUCCUCUUCCUGUUCUCCUUCGCCACGGUGUUCGGCAACUCGCUGGUCAUCCUGGCCGUCAUCCGGGAGCGGUAUCUGCACACGGCCACCAACUACUUCAUCACCAGCCUGGCGGUGGCUGAUUGCCUGGUUGGGUUGGUGGUCAUGCCCUUCUCGGCGCUCUACGAGGUCCUCGAGAACACCUGGUUCUUCGGCACGGACUGGUGCGACAUCUGGCGAUCCUUGGACGUGCUCUUCAGCACCGCUUCCAUCCUGAACCUGUGCGUCAUCUCGCUGGAUCGCUACUGGGCCAUAACGGAUCCGUUUAGCUACCCGAUGAGGAUGACCGUGAAGCGGGCCGCCGGACUGAUAGCCGCCGUGUGGAUCUGCUCGAGUGCCAUUAGUUUUCCGGCCAUCGUUUGGUGGCGAGCGGCGCGGGAUGGGGAGAUGCCCGCGUACAAGUGCACCUUCACCGAGCACUUGGGUUACCUGGUCUUCUCGUCGACGAUAUCCUUCUACCUGCCGCUGCUGGUGAUGGUGUUCACCUACUGUCGCAUCUACCGGGCGGCCGUGAUCCAGACGAGGUCCCUGAAGAUCGGCACCAAGCAGGUGCUGAUGGCCUCCGGCGAACUGCAGCUCACGUUGCGCAUCCAUCGCGGUGGCACCACCCGCGACCAGGCGAAUCAGGUUUCGGGAGGAGGAGCAGGAGGAGGGGGUGGUGGAAGUGGAGGAGGAGGCGGAGGAGGAGGUGGCGGGGGAGGAGGAUCUCUGAGCCACUCCCACUCGCACUCGCACCACCAUCACCACAAUCACGGCGGAGGAACGACGACGUCCACGCCGGAAGAGCCCGACGAUGAGCCGCUAUCCGCUCUGCACAACAACGGAUUGGCCCGCCAUCGGCACAUGGGCAAGAACUUCUCGCUCUCCAGGAAGCUGGCCAAGUUCGCCAAGGAGAAGAAGGCCGCCAAGACGCUGGGCAUCGUGAUGGGCGUGUUCAUCAUCUGCUGGCUGCCCUUCUUUGUGGUCAACCUGCUGUCCGGGUUCUGCAUCGAGUGCAUCGAGCACGAGGAGAUCGUCUCGGCCAUUGUCACCUGGCUCGGCUGGAUCAACUCCUGCAUGAAUCCUGUGAUCUACGCCUGCUGGAGCAGGGACUUCCGCAGAGCCUUUGUGCGACUGUUGUGCAUGUGCUGUCCUCGCAAGAUUCGCCGCAAGUACCAGCCCACGAUGAGGUCCAAGUCGCAGUGCCAUGUGGCCGCUGCAAUGGUGGCAGCCUCCACCUCCUUCGGCUACCACUCGGUGAACCAGGUCGACAGGACGCUCAUGUGACGGCAGCUGAGCAGUUGCAGCACCUGCAGCGGUGGCAGCAACUGCGGUGGCUCGCGCUCCGCCUACCACCAGCACCACUCCUCGGGAACGGCCACGCCCUCGUCCUCGCAGCGAUCCUGCACCCGUUGCCAGAGCUUCCAUCGCCACCACCAUCGUUCCAGGCGCCGCAGCUCGGGGAUGCAGUUGCGCGGCGACUACAACUCCACCACGGCGGUGAACAGCAGUGCGCUGGCCAAGACAAUCGUGACGAUCAGUGCCCCGCCGGUGGCCGCCGCCUCGGCCAGUUCCCUGCACCUGGGAGCAGGGGGAAGACCCUCCUCGGUGUCCACCUUGACGAUUGCCUCGGUGCCACCCACUUUGAGUGGAGCAGGAGGAUCCGUGAGUGGCGCCAACACCCCACUGGCGCCCAGCUUGAAAGCCUUGACUCCGGGACCCUCGAACUCAUCGGGUCACCAUGUGUCCUUCAUGCCCAUGACGGGAAUGAAACGAUUGCGCAGCUCCAACGCCUCGCUGGGAUCACCGAACGGAACCAUUGUUGGUGGAGCUGGAGUGGCGGAUACCACUUCCGCUCCCUCGCUAAUCGAUGCGGUGGAGGAUCCGCUCCCCAUGAGGAACCACCACAGGAUCCUGGAGCAGUGCCAGAGUGUCCAGAGUCAAAUCACGACACUGGGCGACGUGGAGGACGACGAGGAAGGCAGCGACAGCGAAAGCGAUAGCAUCGGAAUCGCUUUGGUGGAGACCACGCCCCAACUGGAGAGCCAGCCGGUGGAGCCAUCGAGUUCCUCCAGCUCCUCGGUCAAGUAAACUCAGCCCCACAACCACAAAGCAAAGUCCUGGCAUUAAGUUUAAGAUAAAAACAUAUAUAGCAUAGUUCGUGGUACAAAAUAUGAGGGGUGAUAAAAAAUCUGUGGACAGUUUUAAAACUUGCUUGUUUUAAGGUUUCAAAGAUCCAAAAGUGUUUAUAUAAAUUAUUUCCAUGCUUUUUUAAUGAAAGGAAAUUAAGCUUCAACCCAUGAAAUUACUAUUUGCUAAAAGUGUGUUAUUAUAGAAAGGGAAAGUUCCACUUCCAUUAUAGUUUUUACUGAAAAUCGCCCUGAACUGUCCAUUGAUUUUUUGCCUCCCCGAAGUGCAGCCCAUCUGAAGUGUGUACAUAGCAAUCUAGUCUCGCCUAGCCACUCAUUAGCUUAUCGAUCGGUGAUAGAACACUAUGCAACAAGCAAUCAAUUCAAUAUCGCUGCCUGCUCUCCGGGUUUCAGUCACUGGCGGUGGUUGCAUAGUGGGAAUUAGUAUUACUGUUAGCUGUCAUAUCUUAGAUCUUCCAUUACGUAGAUGUAUUCAGUUCUGUAAAUGUCUCAAAGGUCUAGCAAUUGAAUUGAAAGCUACGUCUUCAACCUGUCCAAGUACCUGACUCUCUCGAACCCAAAGUCUAUAUUAAUCUGUACAUAGCUUAACUUCAACUUCUGCUAUCGCUCGAACUAGCUUUCUGUUACUCGACACUUGAUUGAAUGUUAUCAACUGAAAUUAACUCUACGGGUGCAAUAUGAAUUUAUAGCAACUAAACAUAGGACUCGAACAAUCAGGCAAACAGGCUUCAAGACCACUUCCCAGUUGUAGGAGAUUCAAGUACAAAAUCACAGAAGCACUCGCAAAUUGUCAGAUAAUUACUCCCAUCCUCCAUUAUGUUCUUUGAACUAUAGCAAUACAGAUAGAGUGAAUGUUAAAUGUGCUUCAGACAGCCGAAAGUUGGAGAAUUCAUGGCGGCAGCUUAAUGAAUUAAUCCUUCAAAGGGUUCGCCCCCACAAUUCUGUAAUAUUACAUGUAUGUAUGCCCUUAAUGGGCGAGCUCAUCCGACUCCGAUUUUGCAAUAAUUAAUGUGUGCAAUUAGGAUUGAUUUCUCCGACCGCAAGGCCAGAGAAUAAAUUGAGGCUAAGAAAGGGGUUUUGUGGAGCAAAAACCGUUGAGGAAAACUAAUAACAAUGGCGAGACGUCAGCUUAGUGGAUGAGUAGGAACAAAUCAUCGCAACCGUCGAGGAAAUGGAAAAAUGUUGCUCAUUGUUUUCAAAACAAACAAAGCGAAGUAGAAAAUGAUGGAAAGUCUGGGGGGAAAACAGAGGCAGCGGCAAAACCAAACAAAUGGCAAUUAUUAAUAUUGAAUAUGGUAGCGCAUAAGUGACAUACAUAGCUCAUAGAGUCCUCGUUGUGUCUGUGUAUUGGUGUGCAUGCAUGUCUAGUCCUAAGUGUACAUGUAAAUGCAUUAUCCCUAAGUUCCAGUGCUAGAUUGGCAACAAAAGCUGCUAACUUGAACUCAAACUCAAUUGAUUGCCAUGCAUAUUAGGCUAAGCUGCAACUGCAAACUGCAAACCUAGAUUUAUAUAUUGAGUGUACUAUACUGUAACUAACAUAUACAACUACGCAAGGAGA